AUGGGUUCAAAAAAAGAACAUGGUAUUAAACCAACGCGAGGGACAAAGUCUAGUUCAACGAAUAAAGUGCAGUCCGGGAUGCACUUAAACAAAAAUGUUAACCAAGACGUCCGUGAUAAAUUUAAUUUUCCCGAUAUUCAAUACCAGACGGUUUCGCCGCCAAUGGCUCCUAUAUAUUUUCAUAACUUUCUUAAAGACGUGGAUACAGUGCCGAAAGUUAUUAAAAAUAAUUCCAAGUUGAAUAGCCCUAAACAAAAAAAGAAAUUAAGGAGUAAGCCCCGCUCCCCCACUCCCGACAUCAAAGGAACAGAAUUUUCUUCUGCUCCUAGUUACCGAGACGUCGGCAUCUUUCCAGACGUUGAAUACCCAUUGAGUAAUAAAGACAUUUGGCGACCUAAUUAUUGGAAUUGUUCGCAUAAAGCUAUAGUACCGUCAUCUACAAAUUAUACUUCUCGAAACUCACGAAAAACUAGUUUGAAAAGUUCUAUUAAGACAAACAGUAAGGCAAAACCCGGUAAGCCAAUACCCACAGCACAAAAGGUGAAAAAUUUGAAUUAUAACAAUAGACAUCAACAUUUCGACUUUACAGAGGAUUUUGUAGAAUCUGAUUUUCCGAAGAAAAGAUCUCACGAUGAAAGCCCGAACUAUGAUCUUUACAUGGCUACUCCAACGCCUUACACGCAACAAGAAGAACAAAUAAAAAAUGCAUUGCGCACAAGAAUAUACUCUAAUAUUGCUGAAAAAGCAAAGAAAACAAUCGCAAACAAUAAGUUACAGACUGAAAAACUGUCAAAUACGGAGGCUUACCAUUUCGGAUACAAAAAUGACAACGAAAUUCUCGAAGAAAUAUUAUUUCCGUCACCACCACAUUUUAAUACGAUGAAAGAAUAUAACGAAACAACGACUCAAUCGCCUAAUUAUGAUACUUAUACGACAGUGGAAACUUGGACGAAUGUAUUUACUGCAAUGACCGAAAAACCAGAUCAAUGUAAGCCAACAGAAAAGAUCGGUAAUGAUUUGCACAUUUCCAAGCUUAUAGUUAAUCAAACAAGUCUCGCUAUAAAUACAGCAGACCGCUUAUCACCACGUGGCUUUAUUUACAAUGACAGUGAAGUGAUAAGUGAAGUACAGGCACAUAACCGCAGCGAUAUCAACGAAGUUAUGUCACAUUCUAAUAUAAACGCAACUGAUAAAGCAAAUAACACAACAGAACAGAGUGAGUCAUCUUUGAAGUUGGACGAUGAAUUCACGACAGAUGUGUAUCCAGAAUUGAGUGAAAGCGGUUUUGUUUUCAGCACAAUUUCGCCUCCACCAAAAAUUCUAUUAGACAAAUCAUGGAGCAAUUCUGAAGUUUUAGAUCCUUAUAAAUCCUUGUCAUACCCGGACGAACUGGCUGAGUAUUAUAUAGCUGUCAAUGAAUAA